UUGCUUACAUGGGUCCGACUUUUGAGAAUCUUUUCGCAAGUAUAUAAACCAUUCAAGUUCCAUUAAAAAAAUCACCAACUCAAAUAUUAUCACACCAUCUCUUCUUUUGCUAGUUUGCUUCAUUCCGUGAUUACUACAUCAACACAUUCUCAAGGUUCUAAAACAUAAAACAAGAGAAAAUGAGCAGUGGAGACUGGAUGUGUGCUUCAUGUCAGCAUAUGAACUUCAAGAAACGAGACGCUUGUCAAAGAUGUCAUUGUCCCAAGUUUGCGUCUCCUGAAGAGGUUUCAUGUUAUGGUAUGAACAGAACGGAGGUUUUGGCUGGUGAUUGGUAUUGUGCUACAUUCAACUGUGGGACACACAAUUAUGCUAGUAGGAACGCAUGUUAUAGGUGUGGAGGACUCAAAGAUUAUAGCGCUAUGAUGGCUGCAACGACAGCAGCAUGUUAUGGCUAUGAUGCUAGCGCUGUUCCAGGUUGGAAAACCGGAGAUUGGAUUUGCAAUAGAUUAGGUUGUGGAGUGCACAAUUAUGCUAGUAGAAUGGAAUGCUACAAAUGCAAAACACCAAGGGAAUGAUUAAG